CUCAGGGGCUGUUUGGAUCUCUCUGUCUCUGUCUCUCUUUCCUUCUUCCCUUUUUUACCUUCUUUUCACUUUCUUACUCUUUCUUCUUCAUUUUCUUUUGCUAACAAAAUAUGACCGUCUCUUCGCCUACAGAAGUUGCACCUCCACCUCCACCAGCUCCCAUCACCUCGACAGGCACUGGUAUUGCCAACCUGCCUAACCAGCGUCACAAAAUUGUUGCGAAAAAUGGCGCUAACUUUACCUUGAUGGUCUGCGGCGAGUCCGGCGUAGGAAAGACGACGUUUGUCAAUACUUUGUUCACAUCGACAAUCAAGGAGCCGAAGAACCUUAGCAAGCGUCGCUUGCGUCCUCCAAAUAAGACUGUGCAGAUCCAGAUCACCAAGGCUGAAUUGGAGGAAAAAAUGUUUAAGGUCAAACUGACCAUUAUCGAUACACCUGGCUUUGGUGACUAUGUGAACAACCGACACAGCUGGAUUCCCAUUGUCGACUUUAUCGACGACCAGCACGAAAAAUACAUGAGACAGGAACAGCAGCCCUGCCGUGAGGGUGUUGUGGACAUGCGCGUCCAUGCGUGCCUGUACUUUAUCAAGCCCACAGGCCAUACCUUGUCCCCAUUGGAUAUCGAGGUCAUGAAGCGUCUGGGUUCCCGCGUCAACCUCAUUCCAGUCAUUGCAAAGGCUGAUACACUGACUCCUGCUGACUUGGCUAAAUUUAAACAGAACAUUCGAGAUGUCAUCUCAGCUCAAGAGAUUCAAGUCUAUUCGUGCCCCAUUGAAAGUGAGGAUGAGACAACAACCAAGCGCAAUGCCAACAUUAUAGCAGCGUUGCCGUUUGCGGUGAUUGGGUCGACUGAAGAUGUCAUGACGUUGGACGGGAGACGCGUCAAGGGCCGUCAGUAUAGCUGGGGCUGUGCCGAGGUGGAGAACGAUGACCACUGCGACUUUCGAAAGCUGCGCAGUCUGUUGAUCCGAACACACAUGUUGGAUUUAAUCACAACCACGGAAGAGCUCCACUAUGAAAACUAUCGUCAGGCACAGAUGGAGACUAGAAAGUUUGGCGAUCCUCGAUCGCAGCCUACUGAAAAUGCCAAGUUCAAGGAAGAGGAAGAGAUGUUACGCAAACGUUUCACCGAGCAAGUCAAAUCAGAGGAGGGCAGGUUCCGCAAAUGGGAGCAGCAGCUGUUGAGCGAAAGAGAUCGUCUUCACAAGGAGCUGGAGCAGCAGAGUGAGCGUGUCAAAGAGCUGCAGAAUGAACUGGAUGCCUACUACUACAGUCACCAUAACUCGCCAAGAUCUGUUCGAAAAUAAGCAAACAUCACAAACACCACGACCGUCACCACACAAACACAAACACACACGCACACUGACUCUCCCCUCACCCACAUCCUCGCAAACGCGUAAAGACUACAUACACAACAAACAUCAGGAUUCGAUGAUCCUUUCUUCUCUUUCCCUUUUUUUAAUCCUUUAUUUUUGGACGCUACAUCUUUCUUGGUAUUUUUUCUUCUUCUUCUUUCUUCCUCUCCUCGAUAAUUUAUAUAAAGAACAAUUAUUACUAUUAUUGUUAGUAUCUCUAUUAUUACUACUACUACUAAUAUUACAUACUUG